CCCUCGCGAAGCCCCGUUGCUCGCCCAGGAGGCGUGACUUGGGGCUGGAAGCAGGCGGGCUGAGGCGCCUUGGGCCCGGGCUGCCGCUGUCAUGGACGCCUGGGUCCGCUUUAGUGCUCAGAGCCAAGCCCGGGAGCGGCUCUGUAGGGCCGCCCAAUAUGCCUGUUCCCUUCUCGGCCAUGCUUUGCAGAGACAUGGGGCUAGUCCUGAGUUACAGAAACAGAUUCGACAACUGGAGGGUCAUCUGAGCCUCGGACGAAAGUUGCUCCGCCUGGGGAACUCAGCAGACGCCCUGGAGUCAGCCAAAAGAGCUGUGCACCUGUCAGAUGUCGUUCUGAGAUUCUGCAUCACUGUUAGUCACCUCAACAGAGCCUUGUACUUUGCCUGUGACAAUGUUCUGUGGGCUGGGAAGUCUGGACUAGCUCCCCGUGUAGACCAGGAGAAGUGGGCACAGCGUUCCUUCAGGUACUAUCUCUUCUCCCUCAUCAUGAACCUGAGCCGGGAUGCUUACGAGAUUCACCUGUUGAUGGAACAAGAGACUUCAGCUCACAGCAGGCGAAUGAAGAUUUCUGGAGUAGGAGUCUCAGGAUUAGAGACUGGGGGACCUGGAGGACCAGGGACUCCAGGAGGAUGUCUGCCACAACUGGCUUUGAAAUUUCGGCUCCGAAUCCUGCUACUGGCACGUGUCCUUCGAGGUCACCCCCCUCUUCUGCUGGAUGUGCUGAGAAAUGCCUGUGACCUCUUCAUCCCACUGGACAAACUAGGCCUCUGGCGUUGUGGCCCUGGGAUUGUGGGGCUGUGUGGCCUCAUAUCCUCCGUUCUGUCUAUUCUCACCCUAAUCUGUCCCUGGCUACGACUCAAGCCCUGACAGUGUGGUGUGAGAUAAGGAGGGAACCCAAAUUGAUGAGAUGGGAGCUGAGCCUGUCCCUGUGCCAGCCUCGUUCUAAUUAACUCCCUGACUGAAGUUAAAAUCCAGACACUUAGGGAUGAGGGGAGGAACCUGCCAAAGACAGGUCAGGAAGGCGAUGCCCAUGGGAAGACUCCAGCGCACCUCUGCGGUUGGCCUUCAGUUCCAUUGCCAGAACCUCUUUGCUGUCUUCCCUUUAUCUAGAUGUCUUGAGUCUAGUUAAAAGUUUGUUACCUUGAGACAGAAUUCUCUUUCUUAGUCUCUUGUCCAGAUACUUUUAAAAGAAGUGGGGAUUGCUCUUUGAUGGGGGAGCAUAAGUUAUGGAUGAUAAAGUGCUAAUUGUAUUCUUUUCUCUGAAACAGCAGGUAGCAUAUUUUUUCUCUUCCCUACUGCAUACUUUUCAAGGCUUUAUUUCAUGCCCAGCACACCCUUCCCCACACCUCUGCAGGCUACUUGAGGCUUCUUCCUUGGGUCUGCCGCAGCAGACUGUCUUCUGAUUCAGCACAGACCCUCCUCUGGCCUUCCACACUUUUCAGUUUCUGCGUAUACUUUGAUAUUAGAGUUUCCUUCCCCACGUGGUUCUUGCCCUUUCUUUAAUUAUCCACACGGAUGCUGUGUCUGGCCUCUUCCUGUAAAUACUGUACAAUGAUUCUUUGUAAAUAACUGGUCCUUGCCCACAGAGCAAGCGAGCCUUCCAGGCCAACAAAUUAAAGAUCGGUUUGCUCACUGA